AUGUGGCUGGAUUCGGCUUGUUUGGAACACGGACUUCCAAAAGCUGCCACUACACUGGAGGCAGAACCAAGCGCUGCUCGGAUGCGCACAGCUGCGUUAGUGGCGUCCAGCACCUGUAGGCUGUGCCGGUCAACGAAUUGGGUGCUAGUCAUUGCCAAGCCGAUGUCUGACACUGAACCUCGCCGUCAAGUGCUGAUUAACCAGCCGACAUUGUGUCAAGAAGGGCGGGCAGGAUUCCCGGCCAGCGUUCGUGAUGGAGAGUCAAACAAUUGGCGGCUGGACCAUCGAACAACACCCGACGACAUGUCCAGCGCUGCUCCAGAAUUCGAGGGUGAUAUGCAGGACAGCAGGCAACAGUCAGCCGAGCGAGUUGAGUUCGCUGUGACAGCAUGCCGAUGGUGCCUGCCUGCGCGCAUCUCUAAGCUUGCUCUGCGCUCUGUCAUCGAGGGAAAGUCCAGAAGCUCAUCCGAGUGCAUCCCAUCCCAUCUCAUCCCAUUCAAUCACUCUGAUCCUGAACCUCCAACCCUCUCUGUUUCUUCCGCUGCGCUACGCACAAACCCACUCUUCAUCCACCUCUCGCAUUCCAAAAGGCACAUCUAUCUGCACAGCUACAGCAGCGCAGCAGCACAGUCCGCCACUUACUCAAAACCAAAAAGCUCCCGUCGAGGAAGCACCAAUCAUCGUCCCCAUAUUACCCCCUCAUCUCGUUUUCGCCCUCUUGGCUAUAAUCACAUCGCCUGCUCGUUCCUCGACGAUCUGGUUCGCACCUACCUACAUACACCUCACAUCUAUCACCUCCGCAAACCAAUCGAUCCUAGCACUCAUCCCGCUUGCAUCGGCAGCUCCGACACGUCCAUCAACUGUUGCAACACCGUCACCUUCUCGAUCACCAACCAACAGACCUGUUGUUGUCGUCGUCGUCUCUGCGCCCCUUAA